AUGUUCUUCAGAAGGAACCAAUUUAUUGUCAAGAAUCAGCAGGUUGUUAUUUCUGGUGGCUCACAGGGCUUGGGGCUAGAGUUCGCCAAAGCACUCUUCCACAGAGGCGCCCAUGUCACAAUUGUUGCCCGAACUGUUGAAAAGUUGCAAAACAGCAUCAAGGAGAUUGAACCAUUUAGAGUCGAUAAGUCUCAAGAGCUAUCAUACAUCGAUGCCGAUGUAUCUGUUUAUUCUGGGUGCGAGAGAGUUUUCAAUUCCUUGAAGAGAUCCCCACAAAUUGUGCUUUGCUGUGCUGGCUCAUCAAUUCCAAAGCUAUUUCUCGAUUUAGACGGCGAGACAUUGGAAGAUGGAAUAAAGGUCAACUACAACACAGCAUUGUUUUUUUCUCACGCUGCUUUAAAGAAAAUGUCUCAACUGGACCAAGUUCCUGAACAGAAACGCCAUAUUUUGUUUUUUUCUUCCACAGUUGCUUUUUACUCUUUUAUUGGCUAUGCACAAUACGCUCCAUUGAAGGCUGCCAUCAGAAAUUUGGCUGAUUUACUAGGACAAGAAUCCAUUCCGUAUAACGUCAAGAUAUCUACAAUUUUCCCUGGAAAUUUCAUUUCAGAGGGCUUUCUCGAAGAACAAAAGACAAAACCUGAAAUAACUUCGAUAAUUGAGGGCCCCUCAAAUCCAAUUUCAGUCUCAAAAUGCUGCGAAAUCAUUCUAAAUCAGCUAGAUAAGGGACAAUCAAUUGUAACAACUGAUUCAAUCACCUACGUUCUACAUUGCUUGAUGCUUGGUAGCAGUCCAAGAUCCCACUAUUUGCUUCAAUCUCUUGUUGGAAUCGUUUUAAUCUUUCUAGCCCCACUUUUGAGCUGGUUUAUGGAUAGACAAGUUUAUGAUUAUUUCAAUAAAAACCCUGACUUGGUGCCCCGUUCUCACACUGAUAAUCCUUCUAAUGAAUUAUCAGUGGAAAACAAAAUAGAACAAAAAAAGGAAAAAAAGUUAUAA